AUUUUUGCUCAAGCUCCUUGGCAUCUGCAUGCGGGCAGCGUAGAUGGCCGGCUCUGCGCAGCCCUGCCCACGACGAGAUGAACGACUGGCCAAGGCCAGCGCUGGCCAACGCAAGAGGCCACCCAUGUAUCCGCAGGAGCCGGGCCUCGUGCACCCUGACAAGCGAAACGAAGAAGAGAGACAGAGGCUUCUGCUGAACGAACUGCUCGAGUCCAGUACUGCAACAGCAACAACGCCAGAGCAGAAUCAUGUAACGUUGCUCAGGAGGCUGAUGACAAUGCCAAUGCAAGAUAUACCAGUCCCUGGAGGGGAGACAUCCCAGACGAGCUCGGCAGCAUUUACACCAGCCAGAGGUUUGGAGGACGAUGAGUCUGAGGCUUUCAAAGUGGCGAUGCAAGCCAAGAAUUGGAAGAGCGUGAAGGCGCUUAUUGAAGAGCCAGAGCAAGUGUGGAUCCUGGCUUGCAGCCCAAGCGGUUCCCGUCAUUUGCAGGAGCUCCUCAAGAAUGGUGAGAAGUCAAGCCACACUGCUCAGCAACAGCAGGCAGCUGAGGAGUGGAAAGCAGCUGUGGACAAAGUCGUCUCCGGACUUCAAAGCCAUGUUCUGGAGGCCACUGCAGCUUCUGGAGAUUGGAACUACUCCAACUACGUCCUUCAAGCUUGCAUUCAAGUGUUGCCGCUGAAGAAGUUUAUCUUCAUUCUCGAGGAAAUGAAGAUGAGAAUCGUGGACGUGGCUAUGAAUCCUCACGGAUGCCGUGUGCUCCAGAGGCUCAUUGAGCAUGUGCUUCAGCAAGAGACGCAUGCCCAGCAUUUGAUGCAAGAGAUGUUACCAGAGAUCAAAAGGCUUUCCAAGGACCAGUACGGAAAUCAUGUCAUGCAGAAGUUCUUGGAGAUGGCCUCCCAAAGCCAGAAGGCCGCCCUCAUACAGGCCUUCUUGAGGCUUGCUGAACAACCCGGACAGCUCUCUGAGCUGGCUAUGGACAAGUAUGCCAGCUGGGUGCUUGAGAAGGUCAUCAGAGAGCCGGGCGCUAAACAGCUGCUGGAAAAGCUGGAUCUGGAGCUCAAUUGGAAAGUGUCAAACUGUGAUGGCACGCUGGGGCGGAAAGUCGCGAAGACCCAGUUUGGGAGCUUCGUGUAUCGAACUGUUCUGCAAAUGAAGCAGGAGAGCCCAAAGGACGUUUCUGCUGCAUCGCACGCUGUGUUUCAUUUUGAGCCCCGGGCAAAAGCAAUUCCCAUGCCGCAAGAAGGAACACCCUACAUCAUCGGCCAGGCGCCUCACGUCUUGCAGACACCAUGCAUGGCGUAUCCCGUGUUCUAUGGGUUUAUGCCGGCGCCGAUGCCUUUGAGAAUGUACUCUCUAGUUGACACCAAAAGCACGGAACCUUUCUGCCUUUGCCUUUGUUUUUCUGGUGUGAGGAGCAUGAGCAUGAGGCCGUUUGCAUGGCCUUGCAAUGAUCCGCGCAGAGCUUGGUAGUAAGAACUGCCACCACUUCAAGCACUGGCAUGUGCACUAUUGACUAUUGUACUGGAGAUUUGCUUUAAGUUGCUUCAACCAUGUAGAAGAAACUCAUAUCAAAAGGGUGCUCACUUGGGGAUUGACCUAUAUAUCAUAUAUCUGUAACUAAUUCUAAUUAUGGACAAUUAUGGAGGUUUGUUGGUAACUGUUUUUGUUGCGAACUGAUGUUGUUGUACACGAGCACUUUGCUUGGCUUUUUCACUUUUCACACUGUAAGGCCGCAAGGCUGGCCGAAUCAGUAGGCGAAGAAGAGGCCACAAAGCUGGGAGGUUUUUAGCCGGCUUUUGUGGUCGGUAGAAUGUGUGUCUUUCAGAAGGUGGGACAGCCAUUUUGUUGUGUUCGCUCUUGGCCCAUGGCAGGCGGAGAUCGUUUCGCUGUUUCACCAGAAUGCCAAGGAGUGAGUUAAUUCAAUGUUUGAUGAUUUGGUCAUGGCCUUGAGUUUUUGGCGGUCAAUGGCCACAUUUGCUGCGGCAAACCCGUGGACCAGUGACAGCGGGUGUGAUUGAUUCGGAGCUUCUGCGGGCGAAAAUCCUAGCUUGAGGAAAGCUAUCUCGUUUUUGGCUUCCUGGGACCACACUGAGCAAGCCGCUAGAGGUGCAGUAUAAUCUGGAGUGAUGCAAGGGCAAUCUGGAAUACAAC